AUGAUUGAUAACCAAACCAAGAUCAUAAACACCUAUGUGGCGGUGAGUGACAAGAAAUUUAAUGAGAUGAUGACUCAUAACAAAAUGCUUGAGACACAAAUAACCCAACUAGCCAACACUCUAAAGGAUUAUGCUAGUCCAUCCUCUUUUCCUUCUCAAGGAGUGGAACCUAAGAAACCCGUGUAUUCUAUCACCCCUAGGAGUGGGAGAGUUCUUAAUGAGGGAGUUUCAAGGUCCAUUGAGGAGGAUGAGGAGAGGAGUGACCCAAGAGAGGAAGUUGAGAAGGUUGUGUCUAAGAGUGUGAGUUAUGAGGAUGUGCAAGAGAAAAAGAGGAGUAGUGAGAAAGAGCGUGAGGAAGUGUGCAGACCUGACCUUCCAUACCCACAAAAAUUCUCGAGGCACAAAAUGGAUGAGCAAUUUGGAAAGUUUCUUGCUAUGCUCAAGGAAGUUCACCUUUCUAUCCCCUUCACCGAUGCAAUUACCCAAAUGCCUAGGUACUCUAAAUUCCUUAAAGAGAUUUUGAGCGGGAAGAGAAAGUGUAAUGAGGCUGAUUCGGUUGAAGUUGGGAAUUGUUGUAGUGCUUUCAUUCAUAAUGAGUUGCCCAAGAAGAUGGAGGAUCCGGGUAAUUUCUCUAUUCCAUGUGAGAUCAAAGGGAAAAUGUUUGAUAAUGCUUUUUGUGAUCUUAGAGCUAGUGUGAGCGUCAUGCCUUAUUCCAUUUUCAAGAAACUCAAGCUAGGUGAACUCCUCCUAUCUAACAUAACCCUUCAAUUGGCCGAUCGAACUAUUAUGAUUCCAAAGGGGAGAGUUGAGGAUGUUCCUCUUAAGAUAGGAGGGUUCACUAUUCCCGUUGAUUUCAUUGUGCUUGAGAUUGCGGAAGAUGACCAUAUCCCUAUCAUUUUAGGAAGACCUUUCUUAGCCACUUCGAGAGCCUUAAUAGAUGUGAAAGGAGGUCGUAUUACCUUGAGAGUUGGUAAUAAAGAGGAAAGUUUUGAGUUGAAACCAACGCAUGAGUCUUUGUCUCUUGUGCAAGGAAUUAUGUGUGCUAAUUCCCCUCGCUCUAUUGAUAAUGUGUGCAUGAUUGGUUCUUCAACUAACGAUGUUCUUGAGAAUUGUGAUGAUGCUUUUUCAAGUUUUGAUGGCAAGAAGGUUAGUGAAGAGAAAAUGAUGAUUCCCAAGCUUAUGGACGAGGGGGAAGUUGAAAUUCCUCAUUAG